AUGGAUCUCAAGGAUACCACCAGUGAAGGCAGCCUGCAGCCAUCCAGCAUCCAGAUCUUUGCCAACACGUCCACCCUCCAUGGCAUCCGGCACAUCUUUGUGUACGGGCCCCUGACCAUCCGCCGCGUGCUUUGGGCUGUGGCUUUCAUGGGCUCCCUGGGCCUGCUGCUGGUGGAAAGCUCGGAGCGCAUCUCCUUCUACUUUUCCUACCAGCAUGUCACCAAGGUAGAUGAAGUAGUUGCCCACAGCCUGGUCUUCCCCGCCGUGACCGUCUGCAACCUCAAUGGCUUCCGCUUUUCCCGCCUCACCACCAAUGACCUGUACCAUGCUGGGGAGCUGCUGGCCUUGCUCGAUGUCAACUUGGACAUCCCUAAUCCACACCUAGCUGACCCCACCGUACUGGAGGCCCUGCGGGAGAAGGCCAAUUUCAAGCACUACAAACCCAAGGUCUUCAGCAUGCGAGAGUUCUUGGAGCGUGUUGGCCAUGACCUGAAGGAUAUGAUGCUCUACUGUAAGUUCAAAGGACAGGAGUGUGGGCACCAGGACUUCACCACCGUCCGCCGAUACGCCAGAGCAGGGCAGCAGGCCAUGCCUAGAGCGAAGGCUGGAAGCUGGGGCAGGCUGGUUGGGCAGUUUUUGGGAGUUUGGUUUGCCAGUGACCAGAUUUGUGGAAAGGAGAGCAGCCUGCUGAGUCCCAAAGUGGAAGCAGUCAGGAGGCAGCAGGCACAGGCAGAAUCAGCUGGAGCUUCUGGGCAUGGGGGUAGGGGGAACAGUAGGAGAAAUGCUGAAGGAGGGUGGCCUGGUGAUGAGGGGAUGGUUCAAGUGGCAUCUUCGGCUUGGGACGUGGAUGGUGAAUCUCCCCGGGAGGAGAAGAUACGUGCUAUGGAAGUGAUAGAAGAAUGCUCACAAGGGGCCGUCUGUGAAGCGACAGGGCCAGCUUAG